GUUAGAUCACGGCCGCUGCUCCAGCAUGGACUACUACAACCCCUACGACAUGCGCUCGGGCCUCGAGGGCGUGGAGACGUUCCUCGUGAACUGCCUGCCUCCCCUACACUCGUCCCUCGAAGAAUACCAAAUCAGCAUCCCAGCCCACGACGGCGCCAUCAACAAGGCCACGGUAGUACGGCCCAAGGCUAAAUCGACACAAGGCCGACCGCUAAUCGUCCUUUUCCAUGGCGGUGCCUUUACUGCCGGCUCCACGCGCAUGGUGACGCGCCCAGCCCGCGACUUUGCCAAAGAAUUCGACGCCGUCGUGGUAUCGCCUAGCUACCGUCUAAGCCCCGAGAACAAGUUCCCCACACAAUUCGACGACUCGAUCGAUGCUGUACAGUGGCUCUCGCGACCAGAGACGCUGCAAGAGCUCAAUGCCGAUCUGGCAGCCGGGUUCAUCAUUGGGGGCCAGUCUGCCGGCGGCUCGCUCUCCGCCACGAUUCUACAGUACAUGCUGGACCAGAAGAUGCAGCCGGCGCCAACAGGAGGAUAUGUAUGUAUCCCGCUGUUGCUGUCACGGGACAUUGUGCCACCUGAGUAUAAGGACGAGUGGACGUCGAUGGACGAGCAGGCAGACAAGCACCCGCUGCUGACGGAAAAGGGCCUGGCUGAUCUAGUUGGCGCCAUGCAGGCGGAUGUGCGGUCGCCAAAGUUCUCGCCAUUCAACUCGCCCAACCCGCAUGUAGGCUUGCCUAGAGUCUAUGUCCAGGUAGGACAGUCGGAUAGUAUGCGUGACGACGGCAUCAUUUAUGCAAAGGCGAUGCAAAAGGCGGAUGUGGACGUGAGGCUAGAUAACUUCCAGGAGCUGGGGCACGAGGCCUGGAGUAUCUUUACGAAUGAGGAUAGCCCGAAGUCGCUGGCGAUUAAGUCGCUGGCUGCUAUGAAGUGGUUGCUACGACGGGACUGAGAGGACUGCACGUUUGAGGUUUUGCAAGGCGUAUGGAUCAGGCCAGUAUAUAGCUGUGUUGAGUUGACUUGGCUAGAAAAGACUUGUUUCUAUUGACUCGUUGUAGGGACUGAUGACCUUGCACACGGGUAGUAACCACGAACAGGAUGGCGUCUUCACAAGUGUGCCACCUGCCAGCCUCGCUGGAAGAUAUCGAUAAUCAGUACCAUAAGCUUGCAUACUCACGCCAAAACACGAAAUUAUUUCCCUCUCUGGGCAUCCUCCAUGAUAAGCUCCUUUAAACCCGCAAAAUGCUCGUCGUCGUGCAGCUCCUUAUACUCCUUAAACUCUAGAAUCAUCUUUACAUUGCGCGUCUGCACAUCCUGCAUCACCCUGUCAAUGAUAUCCGUAGCCUGCUCUUCCAACACCUUGUGGUCAGCUUGCCGUGCCUCAUCUCGAAUCUCAUGUAGCUUCUUGAUCCAAAACAUCCAACGCAUCGGCGAGAACCCCGGCGCUGCCCUCUGAUAGAACGGUGACUCUUUGAAUGCUCGACCACCCGCACUAAACUCACUGCUGCACGCAUUCCAUUCACUAUCCGCGAUCUCUAGAAGUACAUGGCCGGCUUCGCGGAUCCAUUCGGCCACCGCGGGUAGUAGCUGCGUAACCGUCAGUGGCAUGUUUUCGUGCUCUGGGCCGUUCUUGUCUGGGUCGUCCUUGGUGCCGAUAUCACGCUCUUCUUCGAAGGUAUUGCGGAAUAGCAUGAGAGCAAUCUGGCACAACUUGUCUUUGGCAACGCGCACCGACGCCGUCUUGGCGAGGAAUGAAGCAAAGUUCAGGCGCUGUGUGCCGGGCAGAGCGGCGUAAUUGGUCGUCCAAAACUUGCUCAUGUCGGCUACAAAGAACGGUAAAUCGACCCAGAGCGUACCGUCUCUUGUCCGAGCUACAUCAUGCCCGUAUGGUCCGGAGACUGGCCGAACAAGUUCACCUAUACCCUGGAUCCGCGCAAUGUCGAGCACGAUGCGGCUGUGCUCAAGCGAGUCACUUGAUGUGAGAACGUAGUGGUGAGGGU